UUUAUUUUAAGUCAGUGCCACCGGCACCACACUGCAGCCAGGAAUACUCGCUAGCACACACUACACACAUCCGCCACUAAAAAUAGUCCCCAACAAAUGUACUAUUUACUCCUGUAUGAAAACCUUUAAUACUCAGUUGUGUUAGUCUUUUAUAAAAAUGAAAUUACGUAUUUGUCACUUGUUAUUUCAUGGGUAACAAAUAGGUUAUGGCUGAGAGCACAAAGUAUUGUGUUGGAUUAUUUGUUUUGGGGGCUUCUUUGCCCUAAUUUAAUAGUGCAGUUGAAGAUUGACAGAAAAAGGGGAAGCUAGAGAGGGCACAACAUGCAGCACGCUCUAUCAGGUCCACUACCCGGACGCCGCAGAAAGCAUCGUUGACAAUAACCAAAAAGGUAAUAUUGCCAGCCUUAUCUAUAAAAAUGUGAAAAUUAACUCUUGAAAGAAAAAGCUUUGAAAUGCUUUAGUUGGGUUUAGUGGUAAAAGCCUAUACAAGGGUGUUAAUAAUUACUUGCGUGCAAAAACCACAAUGCCCAGGCAACUGACACUACACAUACUUCCCCAUAUGAGAGCAGUUAAUUGUGUGACAAUGACAAAAGAACACUAAUCAAUGAUUGGUUAGUUUAUAUAAUAGCGGUACUACAUUUCAUCAUAAGUUGUCUAGAGAUGCCCAUCCGACAUGACACUGUGUUGGUAAAAUAUAUUCUCUUUAACAGUGGUCUUCUUUUGUUGUUGUGUUUUACAGUUCUUUUUCCUGGCUCAGCCAGUCCUGUAUACCAGGCCCUGCUGAAAAUACCAUCCAACAGUUUUGUCUCCUGCAGCAAUUUCUCUCUCUUCAGUGUGCUUUUUUUUAUUUGAAUGUUGUCAUUGUGUGUCUGUAUUUAAGUCAUGUCCUUUUGUGAAAGAGUUUUUUUGGGGGUGGAUUUACUGUGAAAUGAUUAUAAGGUGUUUAUUUGUAGAAUUUGGCCAACAAUCAGUGUCAUAUUACAAAUAAAGAUGAACAAUUAUUUUGUAAUUGGACUUUGGUAGCGCUGGUUAAUCAAACCAGUCCUCUGCCUAGGUUUGUUCAUGUGAUUGAUGCAGUGGCAGGUAAGGAUACUAGAAUAAUGAUGUAAAGCAGACACGCCACCUACCCUAAAUUCUGCUAUUGUCAUUUAGUAUAUACCACUAUAUGCUCUGACAUUUGUGUUUUUGGUAAGUAAACACUAAUAGCUUGUAUAGUGUUCUUGCCAAAUCCCUAAAAUUCUCUCUGUUGUGUGUAUCUCGAUUUUUCUCUGUGUGCUUUUAGUAGCGAAGCCGCCAGCGUGAGUCGCUUGUUUCAGUAAACGUCUUAAUGAAAAUUGAGGGCUCACCCAACUGGAGAAGCAGCUGUGCUUGCUAACGUUUGGUUCAUGACUUAAAAAACACGUUCAGGCUCUAUUCCAGAUGAGGCUAAAGCUUUGUCACUGUUGGCGCCAGCAAACGCUGUUGCAGGAAUGAUGCCAGGAGGAGGACUUCUUCCAACGCCAAAUCCCAUGUCCAAUCCUAUGGGAGGGAACCCGUUCGGUGUUCCGAACAUGGAUGCAAUGGCUGCGUUUGGAUUCCCAGGACACAACAUGAAUCCCCAGGCUGCUGAUCAGCUGUUAAAGUUCAUGACAGAUCCAAAAAUGAAUCCUUUGGCUGCAGGCUUAAAUAUGAGUGCAACCCUGAAGGCGGACGCAUCUAAUAGAGAAAUCGAAGAGGCCAUGAAGAGAGUCAGAGAGGCCCAGUCGCUCAUUUCUGCUGCAAUUGAACCUGGAAAUAAGGAGAGCAAAAAGAAGCGCUCUCGGACGAGGUCCAGGUCCAGGAAGAGGAAAUCCAGAUCACGUUCAAGACACAGGCGAACCAGAAGCAGAUCAAGGCGACCAUCAAACUCCAGAAGCAGGAAGCGCUCCAAAAGCCCUCGCAGCAGGAGACACACCGAUGGAAAAGACCAAAUCAGGCCAUCUCCAAGCAGAUCCAGAGAUAGAAAGAAAGACGAUUCAGGGAGAAGAAGAUCCAAAACGCCACCUAAAAGCUACAGCACAACCAGGAGGUCACGCAGUGUGGACCGGAGACGCAGGAGAAGUCGAAGCGCCAGCCGAUCUCCUCCUAAAAAGUCUCCUAAAAAGAGGACUCCAUCUCCUCGAAGACACAAGAAAGAAAAGAAAAGGGAUAAGGAAAGGGACAGGGACCGCAAGAGUGAUAAAGAUCACAGUCGCGAGGAACGUGAACGCUCCACCAGCAAGAAAAAGAAAAGUAAAGACAAAGAACGGGAACGGGAGCGGAAAUCAGACGGGGAGAAAGGAGAUGUCAAGAUCACCAGGGAUUAUGAUGAGGAAGAACAAGGCUAUGACAGCGCUAAAGAGAGGGAGGACAGGAAGGAUUCUGACGACUCUGCUUUGUCUCCUCAGUCUGUAGAAGGCAACGGCACAGCGCGGCCUGUGAAGCAGGCCAAAGUUAAUGGAGCGGACGAUCACCAUGAGGAGGACAUGGAUGUCAGCGAUUGAGUAGUGUGUCCCUCUCUCAUUAUCCCUCUGUUUUGUUUGUGAACAUGUUAUGACUUUUUUCUGCACUGGGGUAAAUCUAAAAUGUGAAGUGAGCGAAGAUAUUGAUUUUUCGCACAGAAGACUCGUCAACUCUUUUUUGCAAAAAUGUACAAUGCAGAAUUGUCAUUUUUUGCAAAAAUGUACAAUGCAGAAUUGUCAUUUUUUGCAGGGAGUUUGGCCGAUGACAGUGUCACAUUGCUUUAAAGUACCCUUAUGCUUUUGCCUCUAAGAACAUAGUCUGUUAAAACUGGAAGUAGGCUUACUUUGCUUUUCUUCAGCAUGUGUUGUCAGGUUUUGUCAUAUUUUUCAAAUAUUGUAUCUUUUACAUUUUUUAUUUAGUGUUGUGGUGUGUUCUUAAGGCCUCUUCCCCAUCUUCUCAAAACUUUUCUUGUGAUUUAAAAGUGUUGUUUUAUCAAGGAUUUCUUUUAUAAUAAAGCCUAUUUGGAGAACC